AUGCCCAUCUACUCCAACCUUUACUCGAAUUUCAUCCGCCAAGGAUCUCAAUUCGCAAAGUCCAUCACCUCUCACGGUUACGCACAGUCCGUCGUAGCCGCCACCCACCCUCAUGUUCUAAACAGCCAGAACCGCCCCGUCUUCGCACGGAGGCAUGCAAACCGACAGGGACGUUUCGCCACCUUCCAGCUCAGCUCCGCCUUCCACAGCGACCGCACCACUGCCGCCCUCGUCGACCACCGCUUGACCCUCAACCAUGGCAGCCUCGACGCCUAUUUUGACGCCCUGCAGAAGAAGGAGGCCGCCGGCCAGGUCGAGAAUGAGGAAUGGGAGCAGUACGAGUUCCCCAAGCUCCUCGAGUGGAAGCCCGACGCCGACGCCGUCCUUGCCAGCGAAGACGCCCUUGCGCAAGCCAGCGAGCACGAUGCGAGCGCCCAGGCAGAGAGUGUCCCUCGGCCUAUGACGCCUGAGGAGGCUGCUGCCCUCGCGCAUAUCGACGCUGCUCUUGAGCGAGAGAUCGAAGCCCGCCGAACCCGCGAAGAAGACGAGGUCGCCUCUGUCCACUCCCGCGCCGCCAGCCCUGUCCGCAUAUCUCGCAGCGCCACUCCCGUCGACCCCCAGUCCCAGUCAAGCGCCGAUCACUUGCUCAAGCUCUCCUCGACCGGACGCUAUGCCGAGAUCCCUGCCGUCUUCGAAGCCAUGCUGGCUACUGGUGUCAAGCCCAUCGCCGGUGCCUACAAUGCUCUUUUGCUUGCUGCUAUCUACAUUCCCAUCAAGAGAAGCGAGGUUAUUUCCAAGGCCCUUGAUGUCUACGCUGACAUGCUCCGCCGUCGCGUCACUCCUGACAGCCAGACUUUCGAUAUUCUGGUGAGCAUGUUGGCCUCUCGCUGUUUGGAGGUUGCUAGCAUGAAGGCCAUGCUCGAGGAGAAGCGCGUACGAUUUGGCGGCAUGGAAGAGCCUGGCAAGUUCAUGCUCGCGUCUCAUGAAUUCGAGCAUGCUAUUCUUUGCGAAGAUGAUAGACUCGAUCUUGCUAUCAAGCUGUUCGAUACAUCCGUUGAUGCCAACACUGCCAAGUUCUCUUCCAACACCUACUCGCAGCUUAUCUCUGCUUGCGCACAGGCCGGCCGUGUCUCGGACAUGCUCCGGCUGUUCGCUCACAUGGAGGAGACGCGCACUAUGCCUCACGCAGAGGUCUUCCCCACUAUGAUCACUGCCUAUGCUACUGCUGGUGAUCUCAUCAGCGCUGUCGAGUGCUACAAUGAGUAUCGCAGUCUUGCCAUUGCCGACGACGCUGGUCCCUCCACAUUACGCGAUCGCGUGGACGCUCAAGUUUACGCCUCUGUGAUCAAUGCGUAUGUAAUUUCGGACAAGAUUGAGGGCGCCAUGAAGUUCUUCAAGAAGAUUGUUGACGAGUAUGGCGUUAAGGUCGCCGACAUCAAGGAUGCCCUGAUCAGCACUGGGUUCGUCAAGGGCUUCAUCGCUCGCGGCAUUCUUGAGGAGGCCCUGUACUGGGCUCAAUCAAUUGAGGCUCAGGUCCGCCCUCAGGCCCUUGCUCGUGUUGCUAUCGAGGCCGCCGACAAGAACGAGGUUUUCACCGCCACUGAGGCCUACAAUGGCAUCAAUGGCUCCCUGGACGUUAUACAAACCCCUUCUAUGGCUAUGCUCGCCAUGAGCGUCCGUGAAGGCGACGUCGCCUCCGCCACCAAGUACUGGCACGUUCUCACCCAGCCUGAGAUGCGUGCUACAGCUGCCUUCAUUGAGCCCACGACCAUGUACGCCGUCGCCUUGAUCGGCUCUGGUCAGGUUGCCGAAGGUCUCGCCCAGUCGGAAAUGAUGUUCCAGAGAAUCCGUGCCUCCGAAUCAGGUGCCCAUCCUGAGCUGGGCGAAGAAAUCGAGGAAGGUGUCGACUUCAUCGCCCGCUUUAUGGAGAGCCGUGGCAUUAGUGACCCUCGUGAGCUGGCUUCACAAGCCUCAAGCGCGCCCCAGCAGGCCAUGAGCGCGUCCCCUUUUAUGUCUACCCCCUCUGUCUCGUCUUUCGAGGAUAGCUUCGACCCCUACGCCCACAACACCGACUUCAAGGGCUCUUCUCUCAUUGCUGACGAUCUCGAGGGCAACCACGGCCGUAAAGGUCCUCGCCUGAGCGAUGCGUUGAACCGAUUCCGCAACAUGCGCCGUGCUGGCCGCCAUCCCCGAUACAUUACUUACGCCAAGCUUAUCUCGGCUGCGGCGAGAGAGGGCAAGAUGGAUCUCUGCCACGAUAUUCUCGGCAUGGCCCGCGCUGAUGUUCCUCUGCUCGCUCAGUAUGCCGUCGUCCGCUACGGCUGGUCCUCGAUUCUUGAUGCCAUGGUUGGCGCCUGCUUGACCGUCGGUAACCGUGGUCGUGCUGAGCAGUACCACCAGGAGCUGCUGGAGAUGGGCGCUGCCCCGUCUGCCAACACCUUCGGACUGUACAUCACUACUCUCAAGGACUCCACGAAGACUUUUGACGAAGCGUCUGAGGCCGUCCGCAUUUUCCACCGUGCCAAGACGGAAGGCGUGGAGCCCAGCUCGUUCCUGUACAAUGCUCUGAUUGGAAAGCUCGGCAAGGCCCGCCGCAUUGACGACUGCCUGUUCUACUUUGCUGAGAUGCGUGCUCUUGGCAUCAAGCCCACUUCUGUUACCUACGGAACUAUCGUCAAUGCCCUGUGCCGUGUCAGUGACGAGAAGUUUGCGGAAGAGCUCUUUGACGAGAUGGAGGCGAUGCCCAACUACAAGGCUCGCCCUGCACCAUACAACAGCAUGAUGCAGUUUUUCCUAACCACCAAGAGAGACAAGGCUAAGGUCCUAGCUUACUAUGAGCGUAUGAAAAUCAAGGGUAUCGCUCCCACUUCGCAUACCUACAAGCUGCUUAUUGAUACGCACGCCACUCUCGAGCCCGUCAACAUGGCCGCCGCUGAGGAGGUGAUGGAGCAGAUGACUGCUGCUGGCCAGCAGCCUGAGCCUGUUCACUACGCCUCACUCAUUCAUGCCAAGGGCUGUGUCCUGCACGACCUGGAGGGUGCUCGCAAAAUUUUCGAUUCUGUGGCCGAGAAGAGGUCUGUGCCUGCCAACGCCAGCCUCUAUCAGGCCAUGUUUGAAGGCAUGGUGGCCAACCACAACGUGACCGAUACGGAGCCUCUACUCGCCCAGAUGCGUCAGCGUCGGGUAGAGCUCACUCCUUACAUUGCCAACACUCUCAUUCACGGCUGGGCUGCGGAGAGGCAACUCUCCAAGGCUCAGGCCAUCUACGACGCUGUGCCCCGAGAGAAGCGAGAGCCUAGCACAUACGAGUCGAUGACCCGGGCUUUCCUGGCCAUGGAGAAGCGUGAUGAGGCUAAGUCGGUGGUCAGCGAGAUGCUCACCCGCGGCUACCCCAGCGCUGUUGUAAACAAGGUGCUGGAGCUAUUGGGCGGUGGCCAAGAGCAGGCCCAGCUGUAA